AUGUGUAGUGAAUCUGUACAUAAAGAAGGGAAGCUGAACCGUAAUAAAUCAUUUGGGCUUUCAGAGACAUUUGAGAGUUAUUGCUUUAAUUAUAACAGUAUGAAUCUAAGUACUUGGGGAUCCUGGACAGUGAAAAUCCAUGGCGCGUCAUACUGUGUUUACUUUUUGAACGUGACUGAUACUCUUUCUGAGUUGGCCAGAAUAUGUGAUGUAAUGGGCGGAUCAUUGAUUUCAUUUGACAAAAGUUCAGAGAAGGAUUUUCUAGCAGCAGGAGGAAUGAAUAGAUGGGUUCUGCCACCGAGAAAUCACACUUUCAUUUUGGGAAGUGUAUCAGAUCUCCGCCGGCAAGCAGAAAUUUCAAAUUACAAACCAACAAAACUGCGAGCGAUUGAAAGCGGCGGCCUUUGUCAACUGUAUAUUUAUUCCAAUUUAACUGGACAAUCUUGGUUUGAGGAACGUGACUGCAAAACCUCGAAGGGUAGCGGUUUUUGCGCACAACCAUCUGAUGGCCCUUUUGGUAAGCUGAAUUCUUGUAUUUUAUGCAAAUGGAAUUCUAAUGGCAUAAAACAGGAUGGAUUUGGGACAGCUUUAUUGGAAGAUGACUUGGAUUUCCAAAUGACUAGAAAUAUAGUACAUAAAGUUGGCUUUGCUGAAGCUGAUGAAUAUUGUCAAGUAAAGUUCGGUGGACAUUUACUCUCAAUUAGAAGCUAUGCUCAAGGCGAGACUUUUAGAGGGUUUAUUGAAAUCAAUGAUUGCGAGCCACAAGAGUUUUUUGUGUGUUUAGCACCGGUACUGCCUAAUUACAUGAUAAAAGCUGUGACUACUGAGGCAAUUACCACGUACAGUGCUAGAGGACAUUGUAUGCCAACGCCAAAUACCGCGUAUGUAGCGAUGCCACUAAUUGUUUCAAUUGAUACACUUUACACAUACUGUCUUCAUGAUACUUUUGUGGAAGAUAUAGUUAUUGACUCGCUAGAAACUGCACGGGUUUAUUGUGAGGCGAAAUUUCAUGGUCAACUGUUGACUAUAAACGAUGAAGCGGAAGCAAGAUUCGUUGCAUCUCAAGUGUUUGAUGACUUUGAUCAAGCUGCACCAAAACGGUACAGCAUGAGACUGCUGGAUAUUCAAAUUAAUGGUACGUUAGACGGCCUAGUCGCUAAUACAUUCAUGUAUAAAAAAGUAGUCACAGACGAUAACCCAAUAUACGAUAUGAAUGGACGUUGUGUUGCUCUUGUUAGAUCUUAUACAGAUCAAUCAGACCAUAUAUGGAUUGUUCACUGUAAUCGUCGUUGGAGGUACAUAACUUGCAAAGCACGUAACUAUACAGUGCUGAGCAGGUUUAACAGUGAAGCCUAUGAUGUGUUGGAACGAAAAAGCAGUAGCACUUUAGAACAAUAUCUUCGUUAUUUGCGGGAUCAAAUAGGUAAUAGAGCUGCUUUUGGUCCUCAGCCUUUCUUCCAAGUUCGGUGUGAAGAACGCAAAGAAAAGUGCAGGAUUUUAAUGAAUUCAGAUAACUGCAAAGAGAACAUUGGACAGGCAUUGACUGGAAACGUAGGGGUUGACGCAGAUGAUUACUGGCUUACUUGUGGUGGUCGUUGUAAGUCUGAUCGCAAUCUUAAUUGCAAUUAA